CACAGAAAUGGAUUUGACGCUGGACAAAAAACUGCAGGGAUUUCAGUUGGUGGCCCAGGAAAAGCUUUGCUCCAUACUAUGUUCCAUACCAGGAAAAAAGGAGUUAAUUUUGGAGCCGGAUUUGAUCAAGCCGCUGGAACAUGUUUGCACUGCCUCUUGGUUAAAGCUAAAGGGCAUUCAAAGGAUCUACAAACAUGACGCGGCGCAAUCUUUACCCCGGUCUACGGACCAGGUGCACAUUUAUAUGAUUCGAAGUGUCCUUGGGACAUUUCAGAAAUUACUUAAACAACUGCAACCCGUGGCCUUGGAGGAGAUGCCGGACGUAUCCCUGAAAAUGUAUCACAUAGUUUGUGUGCCCAGUUGCUAUUCCUACUUCCAAACUCUUUUGGAACAAGCCGGACUUUGGGGACUCGUGCAACUGCAUCACUUCAACUGGGAUUUCAUUUACUUUGACCAAGGAGUGCUAAGUUUGGAGCUACCUAAUCUCUACGAUUGCCUUUACCUUCACGGAAACACAUCUCCUUUGCCUUCUGUGGCACAAAGCCUACGGUUGCUUCAGAUGAUUUGCGGACAACCUUCUUUGAUUAUGAGCUUUGGCAACCACUCUUCCCAAUUGCUGCAAAUGUUGAAGGCUCUGGGCCAGCUCCCGAAAUCCACAAACCCUCCGGACUUCGGCGGUUGGCUGAUUAUCGACCGGGACAAGGAUUACCCCGCCAGUUUGCUAACGCCGGCAAUUUAUGCUGGUCUUCUUUUGGAGGUUUUCGAGCAGCGCUCCGGCGAGAUCUUGGUAGACAACUCAAAGAACAAGAUCAGCAGCCAGCGUGUGGAGUUAUUGCAGGGAAAAAAAUCCAAGGGAGGUCUAAGUUCAACCAGCAAACCCUGCUCCAUUCGCCUGAACUCCACCUCCGAUGAGAUUUAUGGGGAUAACCGCUACAAACGCUUUGCCCAGGUCAGCAGUUUGAUUCACGCACAAGUUAAAGCUCUGGGCUUGGAACUCCAAAAGCUAAAUGACAUGAAGCUGGAGGAGAUGCACGACUAUGUGGCCAGGAAGCUGCCGAAACUAACGGAGCUAAAGGCCAAGGUCCUACGGCAUCUGAACGCCAGCGAAAUUGUGAUCCAGAUGAUGGGUAACUUUAGGAGGCUGCAAACCCUGGAGGAGGACAUACUGAACAAUGACUCAAGAAAACGAUUGCUGGGCGAGAUUGAUGAGCUCAUGACCACCGAUGGUCAGAGAUAUAAUACCCUGCGAUUGAUGUGCCUUUUGCAUCAUUGUGCGGGCGUGGCGCCUGAGGAGCUGCAGAUCUUCGCGAGAAACUACUGCAAUCUUUUUGGCCAUCAGGAGUUGGGUGUGUUCCAACAAUUGUCGCAGGCAGGACUUUUGCCACCACUUGUGGUGGAGAAGAAGGCGCCAACUAAGCUGCUCUCGAAUUUACCCCUCCCAAAGUUCCAACAAACUGAGUUCCAGGCCAAUGCCAACCGGCUGAAACUACUUACGUCCUGCGGAGAUGGACAGGAUGGUGGUUCCUCCUCGAAAAACCAAUCGGGAGCCUUGCAAUCCUGUCCUAGUUUCGUCUUUAAUGGCACCUACAUACCUUUGGUUGCUCAGCUCUGCUCGAUUUUGUUGAAAACGAACAGUGCUGAGGAGUUAUCUUCGAAGUUAGCCAUGGUUGAAGGAAUUCAUCUGCAUCUGGACAGCGGAAAAAUGACACCAAAGGCGUAUGCGAGCCACCUGAAGGUGAACGGAAGCGGCGAUCAAGAUGUUUUCCCGUUGCGCUUGAAGAAUCUCUUUGUUUUUGUUGUGGGCGGCGCCAGUUAUGCGGAGAUCGCCGCUUGCGAUUUUGUGGCCAAGCUCACGGGCGCCCAAAUAACCGUGGCAUCAGAUUCUCUAAUGUCUGGCACCGAUUUAAUCGCCACCGCCUUCAACCACUGACAAUGAAUAAGAAUCUGUAUAUCGAAUGAUUUAUAUAUUUUUAUAUAAUAACAUCUUGUGAUCUUGACAA